CUGUUUUUGCUUAUCAUCAGUUGUCGAUGACACCAUAACUGAGUCAGCAGCCUGCUAUGCAACUCCAAUUCAUCUAUUGAGACAACUUUUCUUCUUCAACUCUUCCAUUCGAUUAUUAUCUCUUCGUCCAGAAUGCCUUCUCAUCCCGAUGCCAAUCUUCACCCUGAAGCAACAGGUCCAGCAAAAGUGCUGGUAGAUAAACACAGUGCAGAGCAGCCGUUGAAGUUAUAUGCGGGGUGGUUCUGUCCAUUCGUCCAGCGAGUCUGGCUCGCCCUCGAGGAGAAGCAGAUUCCUUACCAAUACAUCGAGGUCAAUCCCUACAACAAACCGCAAUCUCUCCUCUCCCUGAACCCCCGUGGCCUCGUUCCAACACUAUCCUGUCCAUCUCAGAUAGACGGUGGUGUUUCUAAGCCCCUCUACGAAUCUACCGUCAUCCUCGAGUACCUCGAAGAAGCUUACCCAGACCACAAACCACAUUUUCUACCUAGCGGUCCCUAUGAGCGAGCACGAUCCCGUAUCUGGAUCGACUACGUAACCUCACGGAUUAUUCCGGCCUUCCAUCGCUUUCUCCAGUAUCAACCACAGUCAAAGGAUGAAGAUCCAUCUGCUGGUAUAGAAAAAGUCCGACAGGAGUUCCUUGGCCACUUGAAGGAGUGGACCAAGGAGAUGCACCCUGAAGGCCCUUUUUUCCUAGGCAAAGACAUUGGACUUCCAGACCUGGUGCUUGCACCAUGGGCGGUCCGCUUAUGGGUGUUCAAUGAGUUCAAGGAGGGAGGAAUUGGGAUUCCUGAUGAAGGGCAAGAUGCAGCGGAUGCGGGAGUUUGGGAUCGAUGGAGGAAGUGGAUCAAGGCCGUUGAGGCGCGGAGAAGUGUUAAGGAGACGACAAGUGAGAGCGAGUUCUAUCUUCCCAUUUACCGACGAUAUGCAGAAAACACGGCCCAGAGUGAAUUGGCCAAAGCCACCAGGACUGGACGAGGAGUGCCAUGAUGGAUGCUUCAUGGCAAGAUAUAGUUCAUGUCUGUUCCGGUCACGGUGAUGAUAUUGCCUAUAUUUGGAUUGAGCAUGCUAAAUAUAGGAAUCUGUUUCAUCAUAUCUACGGAAUAUUAAAUACAAAAUAUAAAUUCAAAUGCGAAAAUCUACAAAUUCGAGAG